AAAUACCCAAUUAUAAAAACCCUAACCCAAGUUUUCAAUUCCUAGUCUUGAACUAAAGUAGGAGCAGCGCCGCAAGUCCACCCUCCAUCGUCGGAUCUCUCACGUCGGAAAACGCAGCAGCAACAGCCGCUGACCCCUCACUCAUGGCUGCCAUCUUCAACAAGAUACACAACACAAAAACCCUAGAACCCAUCUUCUUCCUCAUAAGAUAACUAAGACAACAAAGAGACAAAAACCCUAGCUGAACCCUAACCUACUGCCGUCGCCGCCCCUCGCUGGCAACCACCACAACCACCUGAACCCGCCCCCAUCCGCGACCAGCAGCCCAUCAACAGAGUUACCCAGAUCGUUGCUUCACCAGUCAUCUUCUCCAAUGGCCCUAACUUCUUCUUCAUGAAGACAAGUGACUCUCAUGGUCGCCCAACCUCUGAUCUCUAAAACACCAUAGCCGACCAGCAUCCACGCCACCUUCAGCUGUCACUGACCACCUUCUGCUCCUUCGUCACACACCAGCACACCCCGCUUCUUAUCCUUCACCUUCAUAGUAGAUCGGAUGUUGUUCCUCCACCACCGGGUUCACCGAAAACAACACCAAUGGCCGCCAAAUCGUCGAAAAGCAGCAGCAGCGGCUCUUAAGUAGCUAAAGAACUCACGUCGCCUUUUUUAGAGCUUGGUUCGUCAUUAUUCAGUCUUCGAUUGGUGACGAUUUUGGGUUCGAAGUGGAAAUUCCGGCAGCAAUAGUUGUCAACUUCAGUCAUCGGUGGAGAGUCGAGGUCGAUAGAUGUUCCGUUCGGCAUCGCUAGUCGCGGUUCCCGUUCCGUCAUCGAAAGGUAUGGACCCGCUGAUUCGAUCCAAAGUGCUGAUGGUAGUAAAGAUUCCUAGGAAGUUGAUCAAGUGGUGGAAAAUGUUUUCAUCGUUAGAGCAGCAUGAGUUAAUGCAGAAAUUGGGCACCCUAACUUCCCUUCUUGAUAUCACACCCCGCCCAGACUUAGUGGAGGCGAUGCUGACUUAUUGGGAUCCGCAAAAUUUGAUUUUCAGAUUUGGGGAGUGUGAGAUGACUCCUACCUUGGCGGAAAUGUCUGGUCUCACUCGUUUAAGCUAUAUAGGCAAGGACAUGAUACUUCCCCGAGACCACUCUAGGACAAGAUUCCUCAGCGACCUGGGCCUGAAAGAUAAUAAGCAUUUAAAAUGUCUCGAGCAGUCCUGGAUAUCCUUGGAUUAUUUGUUUUCUAGAUUUGGACCACAGGAAAGUUUUGACAUCUUUUGGGAUGAGUUCUGCACAACCAAGGCAAAGUGGCAAAGACGUCGCCUCGAAGCUUUCAGCCUUGCUUUAUUGGGAUUAUUGGUUUUUCCAUUAGAUGAGAGGCAUAUUAGCACCUGUCUACAGUCAGUGGUAAUGUCACUAUUUCUUGAGAAGCAACGCAAAAUCGUUACCGUUGUGCCGAUGAUCUUAGUAGAGUUGUACCGAGCCUUGAGUGAGGUUAGGGGAGGUGUCAGAUAUUUUGAGGGAAGUAACCUUUUGCUACAGCAGUGGAUGAUAGAGCAUUUGCACACCACUUCCUUACUUUGUCCCAUAAACUGUGCCUUGAGGGAUCGGGUGGUAUGCAUCGAAUGUAGGAUGAAAUCUCCUAAGUUUACGUACCCAGUAGGUGUCACGGUUUGGAUUGAGUUCCUAGGUUUGAGGACAAAUGGGAAUGUUUUGUGGGCUUACCUUUGGAUGAUAUCUUGGUAGGGUGCCUCAUGCAACCUUUCCUGAUGCUGAUAGGACUCAAGAAUGUCAGGUCGUACACUCCCGUUAGGGUAAUACGACAAUUGGGCAGAAGACAAGAGGAGCCUCCAAUUUUGAACCUUCGGAGGCACAUCAUAAAUUUUAGCAAAAAGGAGGCUGAUGAAAUCAAGUAUGUGCAAUACUGGAACAAUGCAAAGAGGAUGAAGAAAAAUACAUUAGUAGAGGACAUUGGCAGGCCCGAGUGUACUCAAGAGUACUUGUUUUGGUUACAGUCCAUCCCACCAGGGGUCAGCAUCCCAUUGCCAGCCCAACUCAGGGGUCGGGCAGUUCAGACAGAUGAUUCUGAAGAGGCAUCAGACCAAGAUCCCUGGGAUAAGCUUGAGUUGAUAAAGUCUCAGUUAGCGGGAUUGGCAGCAAACGUGGAGCAGCAUAGCCAGUAUUUGUUUAGGGUCGGCCUUCAGGAUGCGGGGGCACACGCCAGUGCCUUUAUUCCCAGCAUCGGUGUUUCCUUAUGAGGCAUGUUACAGAGUUUGAGCAUGACGGAUAGCCCAGGACCAUCCCGGUCAGGACAGUCGCAUUCAGGAGUAGCUUGAGGAGUCAUUCUAUUUAGGUGUUUUGAGAUUGUCUUAUGUAUUCUUUUACUUUCGUGUCUUGUCUAGAAGUACCGAGUCCUUUAGGUAGUGUCAGAGUCUGUCGUAGUGUAGUUGAGUCUGUCAUGUAUUUCAUUAUUGUAUUUCCCUUUGUAUUUUAAUAUCGAAAAGUUUUAAAUGAAAAAUCCCAAAAAGAUUUUGUUUUCAAUUUA